AUGGCGAGCGCCCAAGAUAUGGAAGAGCAGCUUCAGCAAAGCGUCAUGAUUUCAGAAGAUGGAGCAUACGAUUCCUCUCCGUCUGGGCCUGGGGCAGCAAAUGCGACCUCACAUAAUGACGACGAAGAGAUGAGCGAUCGCGAUGCCUCUGGGGAGGAAAUCGAAGAGGGAGACGAGGACGCCGAAGGAGAAGAGGACCACGACCUUCUUCAGCAACAAAUAAACCCAGGACACCGAUCCAUAGUUGCCAGCGCAAAGCCCCCUAGCGACGAGGAGGAGGAGGAGGAGGAGGAGGAGGAUUCUAAUGAUGAUGGCGUCGAUCUCGUCAAGAUACGACCCGAAUCGGACGAGGAGCGUGAAAGCGAAGCUUCAACGCACGAGAGCGAGGCCGGGGAAGACGAAGAGGCAACCGGUUGGGAGGAAGAAGUCGAUGAAAGGGACGAAGAAGACGAGUCCGUCGCUAAUCUCAGCAAUGUUUGUACAUUCUGCAAACAAGAUGAGGAGCACGACCCAAGCGAAGACUUUGAAGCAUAUUUAUCGUGCAAAAGGUGUGGCGACCAUGCUCACCAGCAAUGUGCUCGGCACGCAGCAGCAAUGACGGAGGAGAACAACGCUCAAAACUGGAAAUGCCCCGAGUGUAUCGAUAAAUCAUCCGAUGAGGAAGACGAUGCCGACGCUGCAAGCACUGCUGCCUCGGAUACAAAGGCAUCCCAAGCAAGCGGUGGUACAGGCACCGUCUCUCGCGCAGGACGCAAGAGAAAAUCUUCGCCCCUACAAGACGGGGAUGAAGACGACGUGAUCACAGUUCGGAAGCGCCGACGAAACUUCUCUGUCGAGGCCAACUCGACACAAGAUACGGCAGAUGGCAAUGAGCCCACAAGGAAUCGCGCCGCAAGGCAAAAGAGCACUCGACAACCUCUCGUUACAGUUGAGAAGCAAUCACGGCACUCUUUGAUUCUCAAGUUCCAUGUCCGACCUGGCAACCUAAAAGAAUUUUUGUCUCGACGGCGGCGGGACCGGAAGCGCACGAGCACUGUCCGAACGCCGCGACCGAUUACACAGCAACCCUCUUCGGCUGGGUUCGACGUACCGAUAUCUGCUAUGCCAACACCGUUCAGCUCUGAUGUUUACUCUCAGCCUUUUUAUUCAUUUUUCGACAAAGAAACAGACGAGGCAAAGGGUAAACCGUACGGUGGUAUAUUGACCGAGGCGGAAGCAGAUACAUCCAAGACCUUUCCUACACCUGACGACCGCAAACGAUUUGACAAAGCCAAGCAACAAGCCGAAGAUGAGUGGCGGGCCCGUGUGCUCGCUAUGCAAGCCGAACAAGAUAUGCCUGUUCGACGUCACAAGAAAAACAGUGAGCACGCGAGUCAAAUUGAAUGCAUCGAGUUUGGCGGGUGGGAGAUUGAAACUUGGUAUGCGGCACCAUAUCCUGCAGAGUAUAGCAGAAACCGCGUCCUCUACAUAUGCGAGUUCUGUCUCAAGUACAUGAACUCGGACUAUGUCGCUUGGAGGCAUAAGCUGAAAUGUGGUACCAAACACCCGCCUGGCGACGAGAUUUAUAGAAACGACUCCAUCUCGGUAUUCGAAGUGGACGGCCGCAAACACCCGGUUUACUGCCAAAACCUCUGCCUUCUCGCCAAGCUAUUUCUGGGCUCCAAGACACUAUACUAUGACGUGGAGCCUUUCCUAUUUUACGUCUUGUGCGAGUACGACGACUGCGGAUAUCACUUUGUCGGCUACUUCUCGAAGGAGAAGCGGGCAAGCAGCCAGAACAAUGUCUCGUGUAUUCUGACGCUUCCGAUACACCAACGCAAAGGCUACGGCAAUUUGCUCAUUGACUUCUCCUACCUUCUCACGCGAGUAGAGAAGAAGACCGGAUCGCCGGAAAAACCGCUCUCUGACAUGGGCUUGGUGUCAUAUCGAAACUACUGGCGACUGCGACUUUGCCGUUAUUUCCUGGACAUUGUUGAAUCUGGGGAGUUCAAGACGGAUGGAUUGAGCAUAAAAAAAAUGUCGGAUGACACUGGAAUGACGCCCGACGAUGUUAUUUCGGCCCUCGAAGGUCUCAGAGCUCUUGUGCGUGACCCUGAGACAAGGCUCUACGCGUUCCGAAUAGACUUGGAGUACUGUCGCAAUUAUUGGGCGAAAUGGGACUCCAAAGGCUACGUCAGGCUUAAACCCGAGGCCUUGGUUUGGACUCCAUACGUGAUGGGUAGAUCCAAUGCCGUUAAUUUCGAAUUUGGACCUCCCAUCAACGCUAUCGCGCCUCGUGAGGAAGACGAAGCCAAAUUGUUAGAAGGGUCGAACGGAGUCAAUACGGAGAAAUUGGAGCAGACGAAUGGGAACAAGGCCGAUUCUCAUGGUGACGAAGCCGAAAUCGCCUCGGGACCAACGACAUCCGUCGAAAAAGAUGAUCCGGAAGAGAAGGCCAUCAAGUCUGAGGAUGAGGUGAUGAAGGACGCUAAUGAGGAAAGCACGGAGACGUGGGAUGCUGCCUACAAGGAUGUCCCGGCCACUCGAUUCGAAGUCUUCCCUGCCGUUGGCGGAAACCGCCGAGACCGUAAUCGGCGCCGCUCAUCGACCAACAAUGGCGUUCCUCGAAAACGUGGCCGUCCACCACUGAGUCGUGCGCGGAGCAGCUCUUCUCGACGGAAAAGUGGCGGCACAGGCCGUGGCCCUGGGCGAUUUCCUAAGGGCACUAAGAAGUCUGACUAUGGUAACGCAGACAGUGGGCCUGGAAUGCCGCCUGGCUGGCAAGGUGACGCAGAUGCCCAAGUCGAUGGCGAGGCUGUCAAUGUGAACAUGGAAGAGGAGCCUGCUCAGGAUGAGGUACAAGUUCAGCUGCUUGGGUCGGGUAGGGGAAGCGUCGCCGCAGAGGACGACGAGGAGUCUGCCGAAGAGUCUGGCGCCGAGCAAGAGGAUGAGGAAGAAGAAUUAGAGAACGACGAGGAGGAAGAAGAGGAAGAGGAUGACGAAGAAGAAGAAGAAGAAGAAGAAGACGACGAAGAAGAACAGAACGACGACGAAGAAAGUGACGGGCACGAUGAUGCGGAGGAAGCGGAGGCAGAGGCAGAAGAUGCAGAAGAUGCAGAAGAUGCAGAAGACGCAGAAGACGAAGAAGACGCGGAAGACGCGGAAGACGCAGAAGAGGAAGACGACGCCGGAGAGGAAGAAGACGAAGAACCAGAAGCUCAAGAAGAAGGGGAUGUCGACGCCUCUGGCGAAGAAGAAUAG